AUGCAACAAAGACCUUUCGGUAAACUGGGCAUGGCCAGCGCUCUCACCCUCGGCGGGGGAGGCCUGGGCCAGGUGUGGGGCCCCACAACGAGAGAGGAAUCGGUUGCAACGGUGCGGGAGGCCGUGGAAUCCGGCAUAGACGUUCUGGACCUGGCCCCCUCCUACGGCAAUGGCGAGGCGGAGAGCGUCAUAGGCGAUGCCUUCGAUGGUGCGCUGCCUUCGGGGGUUCGGGUCACCACCAAGUGUCGGGUCGGUGCUACCCCGCCGGAGCAGGUCUACGACCUCCUCUCCACCAGCCUGGAAGGCAGUCUGAGGCGUAUGAAGCUGGAGCGGGUGGACGUCAUGUUCCUUCACAACGCCGUUACGCUGGGGGAAGAAGGCGGUGAGCGGCUGACCAGCGUGGCGACGGUGGCGGUGGCCGUGGCGCCGGCCUUUGAGCGGCUCAUCGCGGAGGGGCGUAUUGGUUACUGGGGUCUCACGGGCAUCGGCUAUACCGACGCCCUCAUCCACCUGCUGACCCGCGGCCCUCGCCCGGACUAUAUCCAGUGCAUUGCCAACCUGCUGGACUCGGCGGGCGGGUUGUUCCAGGGGAGUGAACCCCAGCGUCCCCGCGACAUCAUCGCCGCAGCCAAUGCCGCCGGGGCCUCAGUAAUGGGCAUCCGGGCGGUGCAGGCCGGCGCGCUCACGGACGCCAUCGACCGGCCGCUGCCGGAGGGACACACGGAGCUGGCAGAUUACGCACGGGCGGCGCCCUUCCGCGCCUUCGCCGCGGAGGUGGGGCACAGUGCGGCGCACCUGGCCCACUGCUAUGCCCUCUCGAUGGAGGGUGUCUCGACAGUGGUGCUCGGCGUCAAGAACCGGGCGGAGCUACGGGAGUGCAUCGCGGCGGAGGCGGUAGCCCCGUUGGACCCGGCGCUGAUGGCGCGCAUCGACGACGCCGUGGGACUCGCGGAUUAG